AUGUCGCCGGGUCCUCAUAGCCCAUCAUUUUGAUGAAGUAUGGGAUUCUGCAAACUGCAACAGAAUGUGUGAUAACUGCUGUAGAGAGAACUCAUGUGAGAAAAUGGAUAUAACAGGAUACUGCAGGGAUCUAAUCAAGAUACUUGAGCAAGCUGAAAACAUGAGUGAGAAACUCACUCCACUGAAAUUAAUUGAUGCAUGGUCUGGGAAAGGUGUGUCAAAAUUGAGGGUGGCUGAAGUUACUCCACCAAAGCACCCUCGAGAGGAACUGGAGAGAAUUAUUGCCCAUUUACUGCUGCAGCAGUAUCUGAAGGAAGACUUCAGCUUCACUGCAUUUGCUACAAUAUCCUACCUGAAGAUAGGACCAAAAGCAGGUCUGCUGAAAAAUGAGGCACACGUCAUCACUAUACAAGGGAUAACAAACAAGAAAAGUGUUUACAAGGACAAAUCAUCUCAAUCUUCGAAUUCGAAAGGAAGCAGAGGAAAUGCUCAGACUGUUUCAAAGACUGUCCAAGAUUCAGUGGUGAAGAAGUCACAGGAAUAUAAACGGCCUAACUGUGGUUCUAACUUAAAAGCAAAGAAGCUUAAGCUUCAGGCAGGUGGAGACGACCAACCAGUAGUUCUUGACUGAGUUUCACAGACUACAUUUAGGAUCUCAUCAUAUUUGCUUCUCCAUGGACAAUGCAAUGUGUAAGUUCAGUUAGUGUUUUAGUAAUGGUAUUUUUUUAUGAUUUUUUUUAAUAAAAAAAAACAACAGGGAAACAAGUAUCAUAGAAUC